AUCCAGGCAACAGACUGUUUCAGUAACAUUGACUGUGAGCUCUGUCAUACAUUUCCACUCCUCAAAGGAAAAUGUCAGUUGAAGACAAAGCUAAGAAAAAUUUUGAAGAGUUUGACAAGAACAAUGAUAAAUGCAUAACUCUGGAUGAAUUUAAAGAAGAAAUGAAACGACGACAACCAGAUAUUGAUGAUUGCACCGUUGAGAAUUUGUUUAAAUGCCUAGAUAAAUCUGGACAAGGAAAAGUUUCCUAUGAAGAUUAUAUGGCUCAGCAUUUGUGCAGACAUGCAAGGCGCUGAAGUUAUAGUCCAGGAUUUAUACUUCUUUGUCUGCUAUGUUUGGGUACAACUCAUCAAUGAAAGAUUGGACUCCUCAUUUUAAUCACAUAUUGUGCUCUGAAAACUUAUCUUCAGAUAUAAACUAAUCAUUGUACAUAAAUUCAUGCAUUGCCUUGUUAAUCUACAAUGUAUUAGGUGCUAAAUGUUAUAUAAUGUGUCAUACUGUUAUAAUGUUGGCAUAUAGCCACUGUUUGUAACUGUGAUGCAGUAUUAAUAUUUACUAAGUAUGACAAAGAAAAAUUUUAAAUGUAUCUGUAAGAUAUGGACUUUUUUCAGACUACAAAUCAUCUCCCGAGUCUUUUUUUAAAUAAAGACCAGCUAUUGACUGAAAUUUCAUCAUUCUUUCAAAUAUUGCUUCCAGAUGCAUCUAUACUUUCCCUGCAUGAUGGAUUGACUGCUAUGAUUUAGCUAUAAAUUCAGUUUGAAAGAAGUUGCCAUAAAAUAAAUAAUACCCUUCAUGAUGGAAUGGCAUUCAGUUAGACUGAGUUUUAUCACACUGCUGUAUAGUGGAAAAAUUAUUUCAGACCCUGCAGAUUUGGAUAACACAUACAUCUAGUAUCAGACAAGUGACAGAUAAACUGUUUAAACUGCACUGGCAAAGUAAUAUUUCAUUGUGAAAUAUGCAUAACAAAUUUAAUCAAAGAGCAGCAUUAAGGUACAAUACAGAAAAAGAGACACCAGA